GGCCUACAUCCCUGUGCACAUGUGGAGACAGUGGAGGCAGCAGCCUAACGUGACCUGAAGUAGCUAGUCACUGUGCAGUGUGGCCACAGGAGCAGUCAAGAAAAUGGGGAGUGGCAGUUCAGGUCUCCCUGGCCCUGCGCUCUUCCUGCUGUUGCUACUGCUGCUGCUUCCACUGCUGAGUAUGGGGAACUUCCAGUACAGACUCCCAGGCUGGGUAGACUUUCAUCACCUCAGUGAGCAUUGGAGAAACCUCCACCGCCAAUUCACCCCAAACAAAGGAAACUUCCACCACCGCCGCAGCCAAGGAGAGUCAUCCCACAACAGCCAGAGAAUUGAUAAGAGUUCCUGCCAGAGUGUGUAUGAUCUCUACUUCGUCUUGGACAUGUCUGGCAGUGUGAAUAACAACUGGAUGAACAUUUACAACCUUGUGAAUGGAUUGGUCAAGAAGUUCGAAAACCCCAAAGUUCGAAUAUCUUUCAUCCUCUACUCCACACUUGGUCAAACCCUCAUGAAGCUCACCUCAGACAAGAAAAUAAUAGUAGAAGGUCUUCGCAAACUUCAGAAUGUUGUACCUACUGGAACCGCAAACAUGCAAGAAGGAUUAAAAAAGGCAAAUUAUCAGAUAUUAGAAGCAACCAAUGGAGGAAAGAAGCCAAUUCACUCAGUGAUCCUGGUUCUAACUGAUGGAACACUUGACCCUGUUCCUCUUGAAAAGGCUAAGGACGAAGCUACAAAGGCUCGGAAAAUGGGGGCAACUGUUUACGGUUUGGGUAUAAAAGACUACCAAAAAGACCAGCUGCUGGCAAUUGCAGAUAGCAAGAAUCAUGUGCUUGGCGUGAACAGAUUUCAAGAUCUGAAAAACACAGUUGAUCCACUUACAGAAAAGACAUGUAUUGAAAUUACACAUUUGGAAGCUUCCAGUUAUUGUGCAGGAGAAAACUAUGAACUGUUGAUUUCUGGGAAAGGCUUUAAUAAUGCAGAGAAAAAGGAAAACAUUGUUUGUAGAUUCAAGUUCACUGAUAAAGAAUUCUUUGAUAGAAAAGCAACCUCUAUGGAUGAAAGUACUAUAAUGUGUCCAGGAGUAAAGAUAAAGAAGCCAAACCAGCAAAUCUUUGUGCAAAUAAGCCUGGACAAUGGUACUAGCUUCAUUGACAGCAAUGCUAAUAUUACUAGCAAGCACUGUGUGAGUCCUCGGCAUGGCCUACCCGUUCCUGGCUUUCCUGUGGAUGUGCGAGCUGACCUGCCUCUUGACUUGUUAGGCAUACCUCGUCCAGAUAACAUACCUUUCUUAUCAAAGCCUGAUCCAACUUUCAGCCCUCUCCAUGUGGCUAUUGCUGUAGCAGGUCUCUUUUUUGUAUUAUUUGUCUUUUGCUCCUUCAAUCGAUGUUGUGGUAAGGCUGUCAGGGAGACAGUGCAGAUACAGGUCCCAAGUCCACAGAGACCCGUAAUGGUUGUCCCAUGUUGUGGGUGCCGAGGUGACAAGUUUAAACUGCUAAGGAAUCCCAUCUGUAACUUUGGUGGAAGGUGUAACCAGAUGCCAAUGAUGUUAUGUAAGACUAAGCGCAAGAGAAGAUGCUUCUUCAAUAUGUUCAAGUCCAACUGUGCACAGCUGCCCUGCUGCCAAAACUUCUGCCUUCAACCCAGGCAGGAGUGCCUACCCCUCACAAGCUGCUGCUCGGGGUACCAAUAACCCCCAGCAUGUACUCCAGCUCCUCCAGAAUGCUCCCCCACAGAUCCCUCAACCCUUCCCAAAGACUCUGUGGAACCCCUUUUUCAGUCCAAUCCCCAUAGCCCAACCUCUAAAUCACCAGAACCCAAGACUAUUAAGAGCCCUUUAUGUACUGGAUUGGAUAGAUGUGCUGAGUAUUCGUUAUAGUCAGACAAACUUAGCCUUUGUCUGUAAGCAGAAGUUUGUUCUGUGGUGAGCAUUUCUCCCCUGUAUGAGAUGUAUCUCUGCUGCUGCUGCUGCUGCUGCUAGGACAAAACACCUGGUUACCUGCAUGUGGAGACCUGGCUGAGGCCCCCUCCCCAGAACGUGGUCUUUAUCUUCUGGUCUACGUGGGAUUUUAGCCAAUUUCUGCCCUUUGGGAAAAGUAAAAAAUAUCACUGAAAGAUUAAUAUAA